AUGAACAACCCGUUUGUGGACACGCAGCAAGGGUUGUCAGCCAAUUUCAAGACAAUUCCGCUUCCAGAAGACAACUUUGGCUUUGACCCGGUUGCGUAUGAUGAAAAUGAGAACUUUGACUCGAUACUAUUUGAUUUGGGAAUUUCAGAAGGUUAUAGCCAGCAGCCAUCCCAGCAGCAGCCCAAUUUUGAGAAGAAACACACUCGACAGACCAGUGGGUCUGGGAUCUUUGGAUAUGUUGGUACGGGAACAGACACCCAACUGGCUAUUCCUGGGCUACCGGUGAUAGACAUCAAGAAUAAGAAGCCUAUUUAUCAGCCUAUUGAACGGUAUACGGAGGAUUAUUCUUAUGUUCCGAGGGCUUCUUCGAGUUCGAAUGCUGGAGCCAAACCGGCUCCGGAUUACAUUGUCACUGGCCAGUCUCAAGGGUACAAGUUUCCACCGGGGCCGGAGCCAAAACCUCCCACAAGCAGCAACUACAGCUCCGACUAUUCGCAGUCGGUGACAACAAGUUACUCUGCACAGGAACUGAUUGAUUUGCGGCAGCUUCAGGAAGUUAAAGAACCAAAAGCCAAGACCCCCCAAUGUACACCGAUCAAAGUGAAGCACACGUUUGUAGACGUGAAGACCCCGACACCACAGAAAAUACCUGCACAUUUCAACUGGACCCCGACACUAAUCACCAAGAAGAACUCGCUUUCUGAACAGAUCAUCCAGGAGCAACGCAAAUCGCCAACCAAGAAGAAGAAGCCAACCAUCACGUCCACUCUCGAACGCGGAGCCUUGGACGUGCACUUUGUUGGGCCAGACGACAAGGACAUGUACAAAUGCAUCUACAACGACUGCGGCAAGCUGUUCACCCGAGUGUCCAACAUCAGAGCCCAUAUCCAGACACAUUUAUCAGACCGGCCGUUUACCUGUGACACAUGUGGCAAGGCGUUUGUGCGGAACCACGAUCUGCGCAGACACUACAAAGGCCACCAGGAGUUCCAGCACGUGUGUCCGUGCGGGAAGAAGUUCCCGCGACAGGACGCCUUGAAGCGACACCGGAUCAGAAACAUCUGUGUUGGUGGACUACCUGACGAAAAGGGCGUGUUCAAGAAGACCACUAGCCACGUGACCGAGGUGAAGCGUGGCCGUCCGCGCAAGGUCAACGAGACCACCGAGGGAAAGAUUCUGAAGGAUCUCAGCACGCCGCAGUUCCAGCCGUACAUGGACACCAGUCCGUCGAUCUCGCCCGAGCUUGCUCCCGGCGACACUCUCGAGAUUGGGUUCAAGGACUCGUACAAGGACCCGUUCUACUACGAGUCCAACGAGUUUGCGCCGAACAUCGAGCCCGAGUUCUCCUUCAGCGUCGACGACUACGAGUUUGGCAGGGGUGUAUAG